UUUUCUGUGUUGAGCGUGUUUGUUUGCACCAUAGAGAAGACUUCACAACAAAAAUAUAUGUACCCAAAACUAUUACUACUUGUUAUGAUGUUAUCCAUGCCGAUGCCCACGAACUUCUCUGCGAUGAACUUCCGUCCAUGCCGACGCCCACGAACCCACCGCUCCCGCCGCAGCAGACGGCAGCACGUAUGUUACCUCGGUCGCCAUCGCCUGCUUGCAUUGGGGCACGCCGCCUUGGCCUCCAUGAUGGCCAUGGAGCAGUAUCCGGCGCAGGAUGUACGUCUUGGCACUUGCCGACGUCCCGGCUGGUGCCCAGCCGGCUCGGCGCUGGCCACCGGCGUGAUGGUGCGAUGAGAAGCCCGUGUGCGCGCACGGUAUAAGUUUCCGGUGCACGCACGGCAAUCCGUUCGCCGGAGGAAACCAUGAUGAUCAAUUAGGUGGUAUCGGAGUGACUAAACAAACCCAUCGUUCUCGGCUCCAAGUUCUGCUAUAUAUUUCGUCAAACAAGUUCACUCAUUUUUAUCUAUCUUUAUCCUGGUCCACAAUUUAACUCGCUCUUGGUGUCACCGUAGAAAUGCAAUACGACGUGCUAGUAAUUGGCUCCGUUGCUGAACUAGAUCAAACACCAUUCCCAGUUGCUCGCCCAUACCAACAUUCUUAGCUAUAAAUACCAACACAUAGUAGCUCCAUCUCAACCAGCUAUGACCUGACGACCAUCAAGCGCCCAAAUACCAACACAUAAUACCUCCAACCUUUCCAGCCGAGUGAGUGGGCAUGGCUACAAUAGGUGAGUUCAGGCGCGUGUUCUCGGCGUUCGACCAGGACGGCGACGGCAAGAUCUCCGCCGCCGAGCUGCAGCUCUGCAUGAAGGCCGCGCUGGGCUGCGACAUGUCGGUCGAGGAGGUGCAGUCGCUGAUGGCGUCCGCGGACACCGACGGCGACGGGCUGUUGGACAAGGAGGAGUUCCUGAGGCUGGUGCUGGAGACCGAGGCCGGCAAGGAGGAAGAGGGGGACAGGUGCAGGGAGGCGUUCGGGAUGUACGAGAUGGAAGGGAGGGGCUGCAUCACCCCGCUCAGCCUCCAGCUGAUGAUGAGCAAGCUGGGGCUGCACCUGGCCGUCGACGAGUGCCAGGCCAUGAUCCGCCGGUUCGACCUCAACGGCGACGGGGUGCUCACUUUCGACGAGUUUAAGACCAUGAUGAUGAUGGGAUGAGCUCUAGAUUAUGCCCACACAAAAACUGAACUUUGUAUACUUUUUUCCUAUUUGAUUUUAAUUCCAUAAUUUCUAUCUUCAAUCAGCUGCAGAUACAAUUGUAUUGUUCUAUAGCCAACUAGACUGGCUUACCAUCCCAACACACACAUCCCGUGAUCCCUUGAGAAAAACAAAGUGUCAAACCAAAAAAGAUGAACAAAUGACAAUGCUUCCAUUUCCAGUGCUCCACUAUAAAUAUCAAUGGAUACCUGGGAGGGACAUGACACAUCUAUAAAAUGUCCAACGACGAAAAACAUCUUUCCAGCAGUAGACUAUAAAUCACACUUACCCAUCAUUAUUCCAACAUACCUGGUCCUAAUAAAAACAAA